AGACUUGUUCAAUUAUGCAGAAGACGUACCGACAAUACAGUUCUUGUGGUGAAACAGAUAACUACACCCAUCAAUGAAGGAGACUCCAGGGUUGUAGCAAAGGAGGUGGCCAUUCUUUCUGCACUGCGUCACCGGCACAUUGUCAGAUAUUUCGACAAUUUUUUGGACUCUGAGGGUCGCCUGGCAAUUGUCAUGGAAUGGGCUCGCGGCGGUAGUCUCGAACAAUUUCUCAAACGGAGAAGAGACACGUAUAAUAGCAUGGGACCUGUCACACCGAGCGCAAAGAUUGACAAACGUUGUAGCAUGGGACCUUUCACACAGACUACACUAUUUAGUGGCACACGUGAAAGUAUGGAACCUUUCACACAGAGUGACCAAAUCAACGAUAACCUAAACAACAACGACAUGGAAUUUGAUAGCACGUGUAUGGAAGGUUGCACUGAAGACAAGCAGUUUAGUAACACAUGUAAUAGUACGGAGCCUGUCACACAUGGAAUUGAGGUGAGCAAUGGUAUGGGACCUUUGACUCAGGACACCGUGCUGGCAAUGUUGGCUCAACUGUGCGAUGCUCUGGCCUAUUUGCACGGCCGCCAUAUUGUGCAUCGUGACCUGUGCGCGCGCAACGUGUUACUCUGUGGGCCGAGCGAAUCCAGUUUGUAUCUCAAGCUGUGCGAUUUCGGAGUUUCCAAAAUGUUGCAAGAGUCAGUGAGUGGAGCCAGUAGUGGAGGCCAGUUGAAGGGGAGUGUGGAGUGUUUGUCACCAGAGCAAUGCAUGGGUUUGCCUGCUACCACCAGCUGUGACAUUUGGGCUCUCGGCUGUCUGCUCUAUCGCAUCAUCACCUUUCACCAUCCUUUUCCCACUCAGUCUGUGGCCGCACUUUCGCGCGAACUGAGUCGCUUCGGCGAGCGACUGGAUCGCGCUACUCGUCUGCCGCACUGCGACCCACUAGUGCGGCUCAUGUUGUCGCGCGACCCGCAUCUGCGGCCGACCGCAGCGACCUUUUGCGAACGCCGCAACUGCUGCCCUAUACCUAUACCAUCUACGCCAACUUGUAUGCCAUCGAUGUGUCCAUGCCACAAUGAGAUCAGUGAACGGAAGAGAAGACAGGAGGAGGAGGAGAAGAUGAAGAAGAAGAAGAUGAAGAAGGAGGAGAAGAGGAAUCAGAAGGAAAAGAGGAAUGAGAAGGAAAAGAAGAGGAAGAAGUAGAAGGAAGGAGGAGAAGAAAAAUAAAGAAGGAAGGAGAAGAGGAAGAGGAAGAGGAAGAGGAAGAAGAAGAAGAAGAAGAGAAAGAUUAAAAAACUACUACGACUGCUGCCCUAUACCUAUACUCUGUAUGUCAACUUAUGCCUUUGAUAUGACAAUGUCACAAUGAGAUCUAAGAACGGAGAAGGAGGAAGAAGA